UCUAACAAAAUAUAUGUCUUUUAUUUUCAGUGACAAUGCAAAACUUUUAGGUCAAACAUUUAGUUUGCUUAUCAUUCAAGAUUUUGAAGCUUUAACACCUAACAUUCUUGCCCGACUCAUAGAGUGUGUUGAAGGGUGUGGAAUGAUAAUAUUUUUAAUGUCAAAUGUUCACACUCUCAAAGAUCUUUAUCAUUUAAAUAUGGAAGCUCAUUCUCGUUAUGUUACCGAAGCUCAUCCAAAUAUAUCACCUAGGUUCAAUAAGCGUUUUGCAUUAUUUUUGACCUCAUGUAGACCUUGUCUUGGGCUUGACGAUAAUUUGAAGAUCAUUUUUGCACCUUCAGACUGUUUAGAAACAUUGAGAGAUGUUAAAUUACCCAAGUCUGAAUCACAGUGUGUGCUGAAUCAAUCAUUUGAUUGUUUUAGCAAAGUCUUUUCUGUGUGUUGUACAAAAGAUCAAAUUAAUGCAUUAACAAAAUUCGCAGAAACGCUCAAAGAAAGGUUUAUACAUACAGUAGUGUCUUUGACCUCUGCUAGAGGGCGUGGCAAAUCAGCAACUUUGGGUUUAGCUGUUGCCAUUGCUUUGUAUUUAAAAUACUCAAAUAUAUAUGUAACCUCACCACAUCUUGAAAAUCUGCAGACUUUGUUUUCCUUCUUAAUUAAAGGACUGCAAGAGCUUGGCUUUAAAGAAGGUGCUGAUUAUCAAAUUCAAUCUAGUCAGUUGGAGAAUGCGAGGUUUAUUAAUGGAAUUAAAAUCUUUAGAAUUUAUCCAGGAGCUGUUCGUUAUUUACCUCCAACAGAUUUUUGCAAAUUAGGUAAUGCUGAAUUAAUAGUUAUUGAUGAAGCAGCUGCUAUUCCUCUACCUGUUGUUAAAGAAUGGUUGGGCUUUUGUACAGUUUUUAUGGCAUCUACAAUAAACGGGUAUGAAGGGACUGGUAGGUCACUAUCCCUCAAACUGUUGAGUCAGCUAAGAAACCAGUGUACCUCUAGUGUAUCUUCUGAAAAGGGACCAUUGUCUUCAAAUGAAAAAGCAUACAUUCUAAAAGAAAUCACAUUGAAUCAAGCUAUUCGGUAUUCUGAUGGGGAUUUUGUUGAAGCAUGGCUAAAUAAUUUAUUAUGCCUUGAUGUAUCAGUGGCUACACAUAUGAUGGAAGCUUUUCCUUCUCCUGAAUCAUGUGAAUUAUAUUACGUCAAUAGGGAUGUGUUAUUUAAUUAUCACAAAUCUUCAGAAGCAUUUCUGCAGAAAUUAGUUGCCCUUUUUGUUUCUUCACAUUAUAAGAACACGCCUAAUGAUUUGAUGAUGAUGGCUGAUGCUCCCGCACAUCAUAUAUUUUGUCUACUACCUUCUGUUCAUGUUGAUUGCACAGAGUUGCCUAGCAUUUUAUGUGCAAUUCAAGUAUCAUUAGAAGGAAAAAUAUCAAAAGAAAGUGUACUCUUGGAACAUUCUCAUGGGAAACGAGCAUCUGGAGAUCUUAUACCGUGGAUCAUUUCACAGCAGUUCCAAGAUGCUGUUUUUCCAAGCUUAAGCAGUGCCCGUAUAGUAAGGAUUGCAACUCAUCCCGAUUGUCAAAAGAUGGGCUAUGGUCAGAGAGCCUUGGAACUGCUGUGUGGAUACUAUAGAAGGAAAGUUAAUAGUUUAAAUGCUUUGGUAAAUAUGGAUGGAAAGGAAUCAAAUAAAAUCAAUCCAACAAAUUCAUUGCAGUCUGAAACACCACAAGCUUUGCUGUUGAGAUUACAAGAACUCCACCCGUGCAGCUUGGAUUAUGUAGGAGUUUCAUAUGGUUUAACUCCAGAACUUUUGAAGUUUUGGAAGAAAUGUGGUUUUUCCCCCCUGUACAUAAGACAAACUGCAAGUGAUGUGACUGGUGAAUUCUCAUGUAUCAUGGUUAAAUGCCUCCAUCCUGUUGAAUCAAAGGAAAGCAACUGGUUGACUGAUUUCUGUAGAGAUUUUCUAGAGCGUUUUAUUAAUCUUUUACCCAUAUCAUUUAAAACUCUCUCAGCAUCAUUGAUUUUGAACAUCAUCCAUCUUUGUAGUACAGAAUCUAUGAAAAGGAAAGAUUUCAGUUCUGCACAGCUUCAGUGGUUCCUCACACCACGCAGUAUGCAGCGCUUGAAUGCAUACUGUAAUCGUUUAGUAGAUUAUCAUCUCAUUAUGGAUUUAUUGCCUGUGAUUUCAAAGUUAUAUUUUUUACAUCAUCCGAAUAAUUUUUCAUUGUCAUCAGUUCAGGAAGUUGUACUUUUAUCUAUGGGUUUUCAAAAUAAGUCUGUGGAACAAAUAGCUGUUGAAUUAAAUAUGGAAGCAGGCCAAGUCAUGGGUGUUUUCAUGAAAACCAUGAAAAGAAUUUUACAGUGGUUUAAUUCUUACAAUAUUGUUUCAGAAGAAAAUGCAAACAAGAAAAAUUCAAUUUUAAAUUCAAAUUCUGAAGAAUUUCCUAAUCUUCAGUCACAUCAAGCUAAAAGAUCUAAGAAUUCUCAUAACAGUGCUAGAAAGAAACAAAAGUUUGAAGAAACAAUAAAUACUGCCAGAAGUUAGCGUAAAAGCAUGUAAACUUUUUAGAAAAUAAAGUUUGUAUACAUUUUAA